UCGACAUGUCAAUUGCGCCAUUAGUUAUGCAGUCUUUUUCAUAAUCUAAGAUGGGACACUUGCCCUGUUGCAUGUUCUGGUGCAUCUUAGUCUUGUAGAAAAUUUAUGUUUUAACACUACUCUUUCUUUUCCUUUCUGUAAAGUAAAAGGGCACAUUGGUAUUUAGAAAACUUUCAGAGCACGAAACUAAAUUCUGGAAAAGUAUAGGGGAGGAAUAGAGGAUUGCGCAAACAUAAAUUUGGUGUAAGAAACUUUAUCAGGACCCCCCGUUUCCACUCCCUAUUCCCUCAAAAAACAAGUUUGAAGCUCUACCCCUAAUUCUAGAAUGCAUGUGUCUAGGAUGAUAAAAUAAAAACAAAAUAAAUCACAAAGGAAAAGGAAAGGUUUUCUGACAGGUGGCAGUAAUGAACUUGAAAUAGAGGUCUCAGGCUGUCUGUUCAUGAAAGAUGAUGGUGCAAACCUAUCACCAAUCAUAAGUUAUCUUCUGAGGUUACCUCUGGAGCAACAUCACAUUUACUUCAUCACACUGCAAGUUUCUGUCUCUGUCUUUUACAGCUUUAAUAUCUUACACCCUGAAAACUACACUCUAAGGCUGGUCAUAUCAUAACUCACCACAAUAAUCCUUUUCCCAUUUGUUUACAGCAACUUAGAAUGCUAUUACGUAUUUGAGGGCCAUAUUGCCCGUAAUAGUAUUUCUAGCAAGUCAGAAGAAUGGAAGAUAAGUACUUGUUGACACUAUAUGUAUCCCCUUAACUCAUAAUUUAUGCAGUCUUGUUGACACUAGGCAUGAUAGCCAUAACCCAUAAACCAUGCACUGGGUGCAGGUGCAGAAUCUCGAUGAUACCACAGGAAAUUGCUAACGAUACUUUCCUUUUUACUCCUUUAUAUUGAGUACUUGGAUAGUAGCUAAUCAAUAGUAGGUACCAUUCUUGAGGAUAGAAGAAUAUCUCAAUUUCAUUCUAAACAAUAUCUCCUGCACAGAAUAAGAAUUUCAUGCAAUUUUUCAGGUGGAGCAAUAUCCUUCUCAAUAUUCUUAUGUGCUACUUAUCUUAAGAUCUGUUGUUAGAAACUUACUUUUUCCCUUUGAUAUUUGAGGAACUUCUACAUCUCCCUCUUCCAGAAUGGACAACAGUCAGAUAGGGAAAAAGACAAAACUGGGAAAAGUAUUAUGAGACUGAGGGAGGAAUAAGACAUAAAAGAAAGGAAUGCCCUGUAGAGACACAAUAAACAAAGAAGAGGAGCAAAGAGCUCAAGAUUUCAAUUGAGACUUCAGUUAUUCACACCCCCACGACUCAAAAAGAACGAAACAGCUAAGUACCCAGUUCUUAUAAAGAGUGAAAUAAGAAAGAAUAAGAACAAAUUCAAUUGAGUUCCAAUGCUCCUCGGUGAAAUCAAAUGAAGACAAUAGAACUUAUAGUACCAGAUUAUACCAUGGUCGAGUAUUACCACCAGCAAUGAUUAGCAUAUUGGCUAUGCAAUCCAUCUAUGUGUUUAUUUCACAAAGUGAGCUAACUAGCUCCAAUUAAUUGGAGUAUGAGAUUUCCAGUUCUCUAAUUAUGAACUUACGGAGACUUUUUGUUGACAGUCCCAUAGUUUCCACUAGGACUCUAUGACUUCUAAAGUCAUCUUUUCAGAUAACACCUAACAGUUUCCUGUUGGCAGAAAUGGCCAAGCCUCUUCCAUCUCUUCUUCUUCCUAAAUUUCCACCACACCCAUCAAGAGCCAAGCUCCCCGCGACCAAACUCCAGUAAAUUUCUCCGGCAACCGAGCCCUCACGCGCCCCCACGCGCCUGACUUUCCGGCGAGUCUCAGCCACGCGCCGGCGCGUGUGGCCUUUUCAGGCGACUUUUCAAUUUUUUUCCUUCAGACAGCCUCUUCACACAGCCUCUUCGCGAGGCAUUUCCGAGCCAUCCCGUGCCAGUUUCACCAAAUUCCGACGACUUUUUCUUUUUUCGGCCUUUAAACCCCAGCUCUUUUUCUCUUUCAGACAGCAGUACGAGGAAACAUUCCUCCCUUCUGUCUCCACCCACUGUGAAUACUGUUAUUCCAACAAUUGAGGUUUUUCCGGCCAGCUUUUCCGGGACAGCCGCAUUUAGAAUAUGAUGAUUGUACAGAGAGAAGCUCUUUUUUCUCUCUAAAAUCCAGAAAACUGGAAAACAUGUCGUUUAUGAAAGCUGUCUCUUGGCCAUCCCUAGAACUUGGGGGAAGAUGCCAUCGAAAGCUCGACGUAGGACAGGAGCCGCACUUCACGCUGUCCGAGGAGCACACUCUCAGACGCAAGGGUUUCUUGGAAUCUAGUCUCAUUGGGUCUUUCUCCAAAUGGGUUGGUUCUCCGGAGGCUGUUAGAAACUGGGCAGCAGAGGCAUGGAACGUCAAGGAUGGGCUGAAAAUAUCGCAAUUGGGGGACACUCAAUAUCUCUUUCGUUUUGUUGACAAGUCUCAAGCUUCGGAAAUUCUUGUCAGAGGAAACAGGUGGUUCGAUGGGAACUUUUUAAAUCUAGACAGAUGGGUGGAGCAUGAUGGGUGUCUUGACCCUCGCUUCACUGGCGAAACAUUGGUGGUCAACAUGGUGGGUCUCCCGGUGCAUCUUUGGUGUCUUGACCUAUUCAAGAAGAUAGGGGAAAUCUGUGGGGGUUUUAUUGAUGUCACUUGCAGUUUACACGAUCUCUCGCGAGUGAGGAUUGUGGUGAGGAAAGGGGGCAGAAUCCCUGUCUCCACUGUGGUGGAAGAUGGCUACUUGAGUUAUAGGGUUUGGUUGAGCCCUGAAUUUCACCCUAUCUUUAUGCCUGUGAUAGCGACGGAAGAAAAGGGAAGGUCAAACAGAAGAGAAGGGAGGGGAAAUCAGUCUCUGAGGGGAGGGGAGGGUUCACCGGAUCACUGGAUUAAGCCAAAAUCAGACGUUAGAUCGAGAAGAGACGGGAGAUUUGAAAUUGGGGGAGGAAGACAAAAUUAUAACAAGAGAAGACGUGAAUGGGUCAGUGAUGCGGGCUGGAAAGGCAAAAUGGGAUGGUCCUCUUCUACUUAUCAUAGGGCCGGGCAUGUUUUCAGCAAGUAUAGGCCUGGGCCUCCUCACAUGGGCCCAGCAACUUUUCCCAAUUCCAUUAGAAUUGAUCCUAAGGGGCCCAGUUUAUUUCAAGCUGCGCAUGAUAAGGCUUCUAAGCAUAUGGGAACAGUGGUUCCUCCUUCCUCUUGUCAUGGUGCUUCACACAGUGACACUCUUUCACCGAGCUCUAGUGACAUGUGCCCCUCUACGAUGGCCGCCGCUAAAGGGGCAGAACCGGCAAAGGAUGGUGCUGUUAAUCCACGGCCCCCACCUCUGUUGGGCCCGGUUCCAUCAACCACUCAACUGCUCCUGGGCUUAGUUGUGCUGAGGACACACUCAAAGUUUCUUCUUUUUUUGGGAGAUUGGUGAGCAUGUCCCAAUUGAUGUUAAUGUCGGACCAGUAUCUUCAGUUAAUAUGCCACCAAGGGUACCAUGCUCUCUUCCACCAUGCUACCCUACUGAUGGUUCUGGACAUUCCUAUAGCAGCGGGUUGUCAUUUUCAGAGGUUGUUGACCCCAAAGGAAAUGGUGAGACCCUUUCGAAGGUUAAAACUCCUAGUGCUAGCAAUACUAUGGUCUUGUAUUCCUCUGGUAGUAGCAAGGAAAGGGCACAUACAGAAGAAGC